UAAGAAUUGUUAAAAACUUACGAGUUUCUUAAGAAAAAAGUUAAAUUCUUAAUAACAUGUCAGAUAUUAUUGAUGUUGAAGCUUUAGUUGAAGCUCCAUAUCAGAAAAAUAGAGAGGGAGGACAAAGGAAUGGAGAAAGAGAAAGAAGAGGAGCAGUAGAAAGUGAAGGAAAAAGAAAAAGAUCCAGAUCAAGAGGUCGUAAUAGAUCAAAUAGUAGAGAAAAAAGUAGAAGAAAUAGAAGAGAUGACUAUGAUGAACAUAGAUAUAAAGAUUAUGAAUAUAAUAGAGAAGGAGGUAAACAGAGGAGGUCACGUGACGACGAGGAAGAAUGUAAAGGAUAUCAAAGAAGUCGAUCAAGAGAAUCUAAAAAGAGCCGACAAAGUGUUAGGGAAGAGUCGCCGAAAUUAACAGAGGAUGAAAGGGAUAGAAGAACAGUAUUUGUACAACAAUUAGCGGCAAGAUUACGUACUCGAGAGUUAAUAGCAUUUUUUGAAAAAGUAGGGCCGGUGCGAGAUGCACAAGUAGUUAAAGAUCGAGUGAGUGGAAGAUCUAAAGGAGUUGGUUAUGUGGAGUUUCGAGAGGAAGAAUCGGUUCAUAAAGCGAUUAAUAUGACGGGACAGAGACUUUUGGGUAUUCCUAUUAUAGUGCAACUUACAGAAGCAGAAAAAAACAGACAAGCAAAAGCAGAUGCGAUGAUAAGUACAGGAGGACGUCAGGGUGAUGCACCAUUUCAUCGACUUUAUGUAGGAAAUAUCCAUUUUAAUUUAACAGAAGAUGAUUUGAGACAAAUUUUUGAGCCAUUUGGAGAGCUUGAAUUUGUUCAAUUGCAAAAAGAACAUGAUACAGGAAGAAGUCGAGGAUAUGGAUUUGUCCAAUAUAGAGAUCCGGCACAAGCUAGAGAUGCAUUAGAAAAAAUGAAUGGAUUUGAGUUAGCAGGGCGUGCUAUUCGUGUAGGUCUUGGAAAUGAUAAAUUUAUCCCAGAAACGUCAUCAGUUUUAGCACGUUUUUCAGGAUUUACAGGGUCAGCAUUUGAAAAUAAAAGUCGAGGUGGUACAGAACGUAUUGGAGGCCCUAGAGAUGGUUCUAGUAGUAUUAGUUUGGAUGAUAAUGAAGCAGGAGGUGUUUCUUUUAAUAACAUUUCACGAGAUGCUUUAAUGAAAAAACUUGCAAGAGAAGAAGGAAAAGAAUCUAUUGGAGUAAUACCACCUAAACCGGUUCCAAGUGUUCAAAUGACUAGUCGAUGUGUUCUUCUUAAAAAUAUGUUUAAUCCACAAGAAGAAAGUGGGGAUAACUGGGUUCGUGAACUUGAAGAUGACGUAAAAGCUGAAUGUGAAAACAAAUAUGGCAAAGUUCUACAUAUACAUGUCGAGGAAAAUAGUCCGGGUGAAGUUUAUAUAAAAUUCGACAAUGUAGUUGCAGGAGAAAGAGCUAUUCAAGGAUUAAAUGGUCGAUGGUUCGGUGGAAGGACAAUUAGUGCAAGUUUUCUUAUCGACGCCGUAUAUACAGCAAAGUUUCCAAAAACAAAAAAUUUAUAAUAAGGGUAAAUUCAUUCAUAU